AUAUUGAUUGGUACUAUUGGUUGAACAAUGUUGAUGUACUUGUUGAGCAGUGUAUCUUUUGUGUUGUGGGGCUGGUAAUUUGAUACUGGGCUGGUAAUUGAUUUGAUUUCAUCAAAAACUUUUCUAUCUCUGCUGAGCAGUAUUUCAGUUAUAUGUGUGCAAAACUGUAACUGUGCAAAACUUUAUCAGAUAUGAAUAUGGGGAGCUCAAUUCAGAUAAACAAAACUGGAUUGUUUUUCCUUAUAUUUGUGGUAGGGCUAAUAAUAUUUUUCUACCACACUUCAUCCUCUACAUCUAGUGCAAGAGAUGAAAAGAUAUCCUUUGAGCCUCCAGACGGGAAAGUUGUCAGCUUGAAGGAGCUUCUCAGUGCUGCCAUUGAUGCUGCUGUCAGGGGAGGGAAUGAGGUGCGGCAAGUUAGAGAUGCAGCCUCACUUCAUGAGCUCAGUAAAGGUGAAACAAAAGAAGGAGCAAACGAUCCUGUUACUGAUGGAGAUUACAAGUCCCACAUAGUCAUGUACUACUCACUGAAAAAGUCUUUCCCUAGUAUCAAGAUUGUGUCUGAAGAACAUGAUUCCAAGAUUGAUCCAGCUACUAUUGAACCAGCUGAAAGAAAACUACGUGAAAUUGAUGAUAAUAUUUCCUCUGACGAAAUUGUUUAUUCUAAAGACAUCACAGUAUGGAUUGAUCCUCUAGAUGCAACACAGGAAUACACAGAGGAUCUGCGCCAGUAUGUAACCACCAUGGUUGGGGUAGCAGUGAAGGGCGUCCCUGUGCUUGGUGUUGUCCAUAGCCCUUUCAUCCCCAUCACCUACUGGGGCUGGGUUGGUCAUGGGCUUUCGGCUAAUCUCAAGACGAUUAAAAAAGGGUCAGCUGCUGAAUUAGUCCCGUCUUCGUCACCGCGCAUCAUCGUGAGCAGAUCUCACAAAGGAACGGUAGCGGAGGUGGCCUUACAGGCCUUUGGUGAUAAAACGCAAGUCAUACAUGCAGGAGGCGCUGGAUACAAAAUACUGGAGGUGAUUCAGGGCAGAGCGGAUGCGUAUGUGCACACGACGGCCAUCAAGAAGUGGGAUCUGUGCGCGGGCCACGCCAUCCUCAGUGCCAUGGGAGGCACACUCACCACCCUCAGCCCCGUCAGCAACAUAAUCUCGUACGGCGACAGCACUCAAUUCCUCAACAGCAAUGGUUUGCUCGCCACCAUCAGGGAUCAUGAAUAUUACCUGAAAAAACUUCAAGCUUUGAGGAAGCCUUGAUUAUCAAUUGAAGGCUUAGGCUGAAAGUGUUGCUGCCUUGCUGAGUUUAAUUUUGAAAGCUUUUGUCGCUUACAGCUGCAGCUUUUUGAUUAUUUCGCGAGUAAUAUAUUAUUACAAUUUCGUUGUUUUAUCGGCCGUGAUUCAUCUAAUUACUGCAGUUGUUAAUUCUAACAGCAAAUUUUCUGUUGCGUUAUCUUCAAACGAGUGCCAUAUGUUUUUAGCAACUUCAACUUGAAAGAAUUUUUUCAGAUAUAGUACAUCCUAAAGCUCUGAACUUCACGAAGAAAGUGGGUAAACUUGGCAUUAUGGUGUAUUUAUCGUCUUUUUGCGAACAUAUUUUUUUUAAUAACAUGAACUUUAGCUGCAAUAUGAUUGGGAGAUUGAAAUUUUUAUGCCCACCUGUGACAAAGCUCGAUUCAAAUGUAGUAUUAAUCAGCUUACUUUUUGCUGAUCUCCAAGCAGGCUUCAUGCCGCAUGUCUACGUUCUGUCAGCCACUGUGUGUUGCAGUUGCCUGUUGAUCACCAAGUCUUUCUAUGUAGUAUUAAAGCCAUGCGGUGUGUUGUGAGAUGUAGGUAUCCAGGACGAGUGAUGAUUAAUACAGGACUCUCGACAUUGUGGAGCGAGAAGGCAUUAUUUUCCUAGCUAUACACACUUGUUCUGGAUUCUAAUAUCUGUAAUAUUGAGAAGAUUGUUCUCGAGUAUCAGUUACUGGAGAAUUAGAGACGCUAACACGUAGCUCAGUAUGAUAUUGUUGCCACGCUAGACGACAUUAUUAUCCCUUGAUGAAGAAAGAAUAUUGCUGGCUUGCCAAUUUUCUGGGAAGUGAACUGAAUCAAUAUUUAGUCUCAGUAUGCGGACGGAGCUAAAGUUUGAGAAUAUUACUUAGCACAUCGUUCAAUUAAAUUUUUCGAAUUGACUUAUGAAGUGUCAUAGGAUAACUAGUUCACUGCCUGGGUCCUCAGGCAGACCGCUAGGCGUUUUAUAACAAACCCUAAAUUAUGGUCAAGUAAAUGUGAAACAAUAAAUCGAUAUUAGGACUCCUCAUGGUCCUUGCUUUGCUUCUAAAUAUCUUAAACUAGAACCCAGUAAAUUUCAGUUCAAUAUCAUUUGUGUGGUGCAAUAUAUGUUAAUGUUAUGUUUACUUGAGGCUACGGCAGCCCGUAUUUUAGUUUGACUAGUCAAGUUAAAUGCUUAUUUUGGGAAAUUGGGAGCUGUAUUCAUGAAUGUAGGCAAUUGUUCUCGACUUGCUUUAAUGCUCGUUUAUAAAAGUAACGAAAUUAUGCUACACUUUUUUUUUUAAAGUUUUCGAUUUAUAUCAAUUUGUACUUGGUAAAAGACGCUAUAUACAUUUCAUGGUUAUGAUAUUUCAACCAAGUUGUGUAAACAACCAGUUAUAAUUUGUAAUAGACUUAAAGUCAAGAAUCUCCGCAGCUGGUUUAGCUUUAAAACAAAUACAUAAUUUUAUUU